AUGGAAGCCUCAACUCGAGAAUUGGCGCAAAUUUCGGCUACCGCCGCAGCAACGGUCGUCCCUUCAAACAAGGCCCGGGAGUGCAGGAAGAAGAACUCGCCCUCGAUACGAUAUCCCUUCUGGUUUGGUGGCAGCGCGAGCAGCAUGGCGGCUUGCGUCACGCAUCCGCUUGAUCUGGGUACGUCCAACGCCAAGGAAUCCACACAUCUGCUUCAGAUGCGCAAGGGCGAUGCCCCCAAGAACAUGAGCAGCACGUUCGUCCACAUCGUCAGGAACGAUGGAGUGCGUGCCCUCUACUGCGGCAUCUCAGCGUCGCUGCUGCGCCAAAUCACUUACUCGACAGUGCGCUUCGGCAUCUACGAGGAGCUCAAGGCGCGUUACACGGCCAGGAUCGGCCGCGAUCGCAACCCAUCCUUCCCGGCCCUGGUCGCCUUGGCCAUGGGCUCCGGCUUCAUUGGCGGUAUCGCUGGCAACUUUGCCGAUGUCCUCAAUGUCCGCAUGCAGCACGACGCCGCCCUCCCCCCGGCUGAGCGAAGGAACUACAAGAACGCGGUCGACGGCCUGGUCCGCAUGGUGCGGGAGGAGGGCCCCAAGAGCUGCUUUAGAGGCUGGCUGCCCAACAGCAGUCGCGCGGCCGUCAUGACUGCCGGUCAACUCGCUACAUACGACAUCUUCAAGCGCAUCCUCAUGGACUACACCCCGAUGCGUGACAAUCUCACCACCCACUUUACCGCCUCCUUCCUCGCCGGCCUCGCUGCUGCCACGGCCACAAGCCCUAUCGACGUGAUCAAGACCCGUGUCAUGUCGUCGACGCAACAACAUGGCAUCCUGCGCAUCGUAGGCGACAUCUACAAGACGGAUGGCAUCAGGUGGAUGUUCAAGGGCUGGGUCCCCAGUUUCCUCCGGCUAGGACCGCACACUAUUUGUACAUUUGUCUUUCUUGAAAUGCACCGCAAAGCGUAUAGACGGGUGAAAGGCACGGAUGAAAAAAUGUUGUAA